UGUGAAUUAUAUGUCUUUAAUAAUCAAGUCUUCAACCUAUCGUUGAGGAGGAUAAUUUCAUGAGUGGAACGGCGUUGUGUUGGAAUAAAGACAACGCGAAAGGAGGCUGUCUCUCUGCACCGUCCCAUUGUGUAAAAAACACAUCGACACGUGCCUGGCUAUGUAUUUGGCGACACGGGUGAACACACCAGUCACUGCGACCCCCCUUCCUGUCAGCCCGAGGAGAGGACAAUUUGCAGCGGCAUUUGUUAUGCUAAAGAGUGAACCUCCCAGAGGCGAUUUGCGGGGUCAGCUGAUCAUAGGAAUCCACUAUUCGUUCUCUCACAGACACCAGUAGCUUCGGCUGCGACUCGCUGCCGCGGUUACCCAGGAGGGAUUAUACACUCGAACCCGCCACUUCUCCCAGUCAUACACUUAAGACAUUAUUUAUGAAGAAAAUUUCCGUCGAAACUCGAAAUAAAAUGCUGCUGGAGCACCCUGGACCCACAAGCUGCACGAAAUCCACAGAUCGCCCACGUUUAAACGGCAGUGCAGAUAUUCCACUUUGUGCCGGCUGCAAUCAACACAUCGUGGACAGGUUUAUUCUGAAGGUCCUGGACCGUCACUGGCAUGGGAAAUGCCUGAAGUGCAGCGACUGUCAGCAACAACUGACCGAGAAAUGCUUCAGCCGAGGGGAGAGUGUCUACUGUAAAGAAGAUUUCUUCAAACGGUUCGGGACCAAAUGUGCGGCAUGUCAGCAGGGGAUCCCGCCCACUCAGGUUGUCCGCAGGGCUCAGGACUUUGUCUAUCACCUGCAGUGUUUCGCCUGCAUCGUAUGCAAGCGGCAACUGGCCACUGGCGAUGAGUUCUACCUCAUGGAGGACAGCAGGCUGGUCUGCAAGGGGGACUAUGAGGCAGCCAAGCAAAGAGAAGCGGAAACCAAUGCCAAGAGGCCACGGACCACCAUCACUGCCAAACAGUUGGAGACGCUGAAGAAUGCCUACAAUAACUCGCCCAAACCAGCGCGCCAUGUACGGGAGCAACUCUCUUCCGAGACGGGACUCGACAUGCGUGUGGUCCAGGUUUGGUUUCAGAACAGAAGAGCAAAGGAGAAACGACUGAAGAAAGAUGCUGGCAGACAGAGAUGGGGUCAGUAUUUCAGGAACAUCAAGAGAUCACGAGCAAGCUCCAAAUCAGAUAAAGACAGUGCUCAAGAUGAUGGGGUGGCCAGUGAUGCUGAAGUCUCCUUUAUAGACGAGCAUUCGAUGUCAGACCCAAAUGGGAUGUACAGCAACAUGAGCGACACAUCUCCCGGUCUGGGCAGGCAGACUGCGAGCAGCGGAGGCUUCUCUCUGGACGGGGGGCUGUCGCAGGAUCAAUACCACGACCUGAGAUCCAACAGUCCUUACGGGAUCCCCCAGUCGCCAGCGUCGCUACAGACUAUUCCAUCGCACCAGCCCCUCAUUUCGGGACUCGUGUACCAGGACGCUGGCUUGGGUCUUCUUGCGCCGGGGGGAGGCGGAGGACAAGCCAUGAGCCAGGCCAUGCAUGUUUUAGGAGCAAACGGACCCGAUUCUGACCUCUCCACGGACAGUAGCGGCGGCUACCCUGAUUUCCCGGCGAGUCCGGCAUCUUGGCUGGACGAGGUGGAACACGCACAGUUUUAACACGCACGCCCGUGUUUUAUUUUUUAAACUAUCUACGGUGCAUCGAGGAAACAGUGUCGGAGACGCGAGGAACUGCAGGCGCCGAGAUCUGGAGCAAAACAUAAAGUCCUGGUGAAACUCCGCGGGUCAGGCAGCAUCUGUGGAGGGAAUGGACAGGCUGAUUCCAUGUACUCCUCCAAUCUGAAGAUCUCUCGGUGACACGAAUGUUGCAACUACGGCCACUCCACAACUCUUGUUUCCUUCUUUGAACAAAAAACUCGCCGUGCUUGACACCAAGUCACCGUUGGGCUUUUUUUCAACACAUGCUGACGGACCGAGUGAAAUAUGAUCCCGGUGUUAAGUUGCCAAGCAGCAGACAUUGCAACCGAAAUGGUCUCUCUUUUUUUAUUUAAUAUCUGAUUAUGUGUAAAUGCUAGAGGCCGUAGUUAAUGUGAUUCUGUGUGAUCCUGGCUGCGCAUUUUAAUGCAUCUCCCCGAAAUCGUGAUGACACACACGAAGGAUUUGUUUUUUAAAGUGUGGAAACAUUUACUGAUCAAAACGGCAUACGGUAUAUUAGAAAACUGAUGUUAAACGUCCGAUGUAGCCCACAAUUCUCAAUCUAUAUUUUAUUAUCUAUACAGUCCAGGGACUAGUGUUGGCCAUGUUAUCAGACAAGGGCUGGGAAGGAGAGGGGUUUGGAUUGAUGUAAAGGUACAGCAUAGACCCACCGAGUCCACUCCGCCCAUCCGUUCACGAGGGUUAUCACGAAUCCCAUGUUCUCCUCCACUCCCUUGACAAUAGCGGCAAUUUUACAGUGGCCAAUUAACCUACAGACCCGCACGUCCUUGAGAUGUGUGGAGAAAACCGGAGCGCACAGAGGAAACCCACGCGGUCACAGGGAGAACGGGCAAACUCCACACAGACAGCACCCGAGGUUAGGAUCGAACCCGGGUCUCUGGCGCUGUGAGGUAGCAGCUGUACCAGCUAUGGUGGUUGAAGUACAUGUCACCCUGUAGAUGGCAUCUAUCCGUUCGCACGCUGGAUGCCCGGUAACCCUAAAGACAAAACAGUGCGGCGAUACAUUGUGAAUCGUAUCGGGAUGUGCAGCGGCUCCAAAGGAAUAUCUCUGCAUGUCAUUUUCGUUCAAACCUCACAGUCAAUGCCUGCCUGGAUAGUGGAGUGUUGCUGAAUUGUUCCCCGUGGGGCCAACAACAGUCAUUUCUAAGCUAAGGUCAAAUUUGUUUUUUCUCUGUUGGGACUGAAGUCGAUUGCACUUUGCAAAUAUCCUGAUCAUUGCCAAAUAUUUCGCAGCCGGGAGGGAAAUGGGGAGAAAUCCCUCUUGUAUUUCUGUUGUGUAUUUCUACUGUGGCUAAAAGAGAACAGUCCGUUUAGCGGUAUUUUUAGGAUGGAAAAUAGCGAUACAAUUUUAGA